AUGGAAAGCUGCCAAGGACCACACGAAAAACGUCUACUUAACCACCUUCUAUCCACCUACAAUACACUCGAACGACCCGUAGCGAACGAAUCGGAACCACUGGAAGUCAAAUUCGGCUUAACAUUGCAACAAAUUAUUGAUGUGGACGAAAAGAAUCAGAUUCUGACCACAAAUGCGUGGUUAAAUUUGGACGAGAAGAAUCAACUUCUUAUAACCAAUCUUUGGCUUUCGUUGGAGUGGAAUGACUACAACUUACGAUGGAAUGAAUCGGAAUAUGGAAACGUGAAAGAUCUGCGGAUAACACCGAAUAAGCUCUGGAAACCGGAUGUGUUAAUGUACAACAGCGCGGAUGAGGGAUUCGAUGGCACGUAUCACACCAACAUUGUGGUCAAACAUAACGGCAGUUGUCUGUACGUGCCCCCUGGUAUCUUCAAGAGCACAUGCAAGAUAGACAUCACGUGGUUCCCAUUUGAUGACCAACACUGCGAAAUGAAAUUCGGUAGUUGGACUUACGAUGGAAAUCAGUUGGAUUUGGUUUUGAAUUCCGAAGAUGGAGGGGAUCUUUCCGAUUUCAUAACAAAUGGCGAGUGGUAUCUGCUUGCCAUGCCGGGCAAGAAGAAUACCAUCGUCUACGCCUGCUGCCCGGAACCCUACGUGGACGUCACAUUCACGAUACAGAUCCGACGGCGUACAUUAUAUUAUUUUUUCAAUUUAAUUGUGCCGUGUGUGCUGAUAUCAUCGAUGGCUUUAUUAGGAUUUACACUACCUCCCGAUUCGGGCGAAAAAUUAACAUUAGGAGUUACAAUUCUUCUAUCGCUCACAGUGUUUCUCAACCUUGUAGCUGAGACAUUGCCCCAAGUAUCUGAUGCAAUCCCCCUGUUAGGCACCUAUUUCAAUUGCAUCAUGUUUAUGGUGGCAUCAUCGGUGGUGCUGACGGUUGUUGUACUCAACUAUCAUCACCGCACGGCGGAUAUACACGAAAUGCCGCCAUGGAUUAAAUCCGUUUUCCUGCAAUGGCUGCCAUGGAUUUUACGUAUGGGUCGCCCCGGCCGUAAGAUCACACGAAAAACAAUAUUACUAAGCAAUCGCAUGAAGGAAUUGGAAUUAAAGGAACGUUCUUCCAAAUCACUACUAGCCAAUGUGCUGGAUAUCGAUGAUGAUUUCCGGCAUACGAUCUCCGGCUCGCAAACGGCGAUCGGUUCGUCAGCAAGCUUCGGUCGCCCCACAACGGUGGAGGAGCAUCACAAUACAAUAGGUUGCAAUCAUAAAGAUUUGCAUUUGAUUCUUAAAGAAUUGCAAUUCAUAACGUCGCGCAUGCGUAAGGAAGAUGAUGAGGCGGAAUUGAUAAGCGAUUGGAAAUUCGCGGCAAUGGUUGUGGAUAGAUUUUGUUUAAUUGUUUUUACGCUCUUUACAAUUAUCGCAACGGUGACCGUUUUGCUGUCGGCUCCGCACAUCAUCGUGCAAUAAGCCUAAAUGAAUUUGAGAAUUAAGCAUAAGCCUAGGAUAGACAUAUUACAACUACAUACUUUAA